CUUCAUUUAUAUAUAUAUAUAUAUAUAUAUAUGCUACAUAACUCAAAGUAACUCACAAACAUAUAGAAAGAUUCGGAAAGAUCGGGACGACAAUGGCUCCAAAGACCUCAACUACCCUUGCUUUAUUCCUUGUGAGCAAUAUUCUCUUCCUCAACCUCGUUACCCCGGUUUCCGCAGACAACACUUGCCCAAGAGACGCGCUCAAACUUUCGACAUGCGCAAAUGUUCUCAACCUCAUCAACUUGAAUCUCGGUGCACCAGUUAUGAGACCUUGUUGCUCUAUUCUAUUUGGUCUAAUUGAUCUUGAUGUUGCACUUUGCUUUUGCACUGCACUUAAGCUUAGCAUUCUUGGCAUCACCAUCGACACUCCUAUUCACCUUAACUUGGCCCUUGACGCCUGUGGACGAACCCUUCCCGAUGGAUUCCGUUGCCCAACAUAGCUACAAUAUAUUCAUAUUUUCUAUGUAUGUUUUCAAAUUGGUUUUGUGACUCUCGUCUAACAUCCAAACUCAAACCUAAGUUCAUGGCUUAGCAAUUCACGAAUAAGAUUAAGACUUUUAUGAUGAUGUGAUAAACAAAAAUAAAAUAAUUCAAAACACUGUUAUAUAUAUUUGUUUCAAAGGGAAAAAGUUAUAUAUGUAUAUGGAAAAUACUGUUAUUUUAA